UAACAACAUGAAAUACUGCUUUUUUACCUCUAUCAUCAACAAGAAUGGGCCUUUAUCAGCUGUAUUACUGCCCUUGCCCGACUGCAGAUGAAUAUUUUUUUUUCGUGGUAGCAUUAACGCGACUGGCCACAUCAACCGCGUUUUCCGAAUCUAUCUCUUUCCUUUUUUUACAUAAAACCCCCUCUCCAUAUGACCCUUUUGUCGGUAAACAAGCUAUGUAGUAAACGUAGCAGCACUACCUCUAACGAAACAAAAGCUGACAUUGUCGGUCGGUUCACCGUCGUGACUCGGGGAAACGACAACAACAGACGAAAGCGAGGUGGCACAAUCCUUCUUACCGAUCUCGUUACGCACGAUUCCCUUUAUUGUCGCAUAGACCUAUUCCAUCACGACCUCGUCAAUGUCGCAGUCAACAUUACGCGCUGGAACUAUAUUCAUCCUGAUUAUACCCUCAAGAAUGACGCCAACGACGUGUUCAACAACAUGCCGACGACAGCUUGGAUUGAAGUGUAUUUAGACGACGUAUACCCACUCGGCAAUCCGACGACGUCUAUGCUGCAACAACUGCUCAAUGCAGACAAGAUUGCCAACGAGUUACUUGCUUCGAUUCCAGACAUUGAUCUGGUGUCCAUUCCUGAUUUGUUACAUCCGAUCAAGCGUUUAUCGCAAGAACAGCAGCAACAACAACAACCAAUUCACGUCCUUGGUCGUGUCAGCGCAAAACCUGUUCGCCAUCUCGAACGACAUGGAACAGCAAGGUUUUAUAUCGAGCUUGUGGGCUAUCGGGGUGAUACGUCGACAGUUAUGGUGUUUGAUGGCGAUGAUCUGAUGUCUUGGUAUCAUACAUUUCAGACAGAUAGUUGGCAUGUGUUUAUGUACGUCGUCCCGGUUGAUACGCAACUGGAUGGGCAACUUGGUCGUGGUGCGCUUGCGUUUAUCUCGGGUAAAUCGCGCUGCUAUCGAGUGGAUGCGGAUCAAUUCGAGCGAAUCAACCUCGGAAUAUCAUCAUUGCAUAAUGCGGUUCAAAAAUCUGGAGAAGAAGAAACAGCAGAAAGCUCACAGGAACAACAACAUCAAUUCUUUCAACCAUCGGCAACUUUGCGACCAGCAGAAUCUACCAGCAUGAGCACAUAUUCAGCCACAAUCACGCGAGUGAUUGACCCAGCUUUCGGUGUAUAUGAAUUGGAUAACCAGCUCAUAACGUGCCUGUUCCACUAUACCGAUUAUUCACUCGUUUACCCGUUCCGCCUGGGCAUGCAGAUCCAAAUAUCCUGUGCACACAUGCUUGCUGUGGACACUGGAUCUGCCAUCAUGCAAGCAUGGGAAGCACCUGCGGUCGAGCGAGGUGACUACAAGACGCAUGUGAUCCUUGUUGGUUGUCGUCGAACCCAUAUCCGUAUCGUCGGUUUCCCACAACAUGUCCAAUACCCAUCCACAACAACAGCAGCAGCGAAAAAGGCAUUGUCACUCUACGGACGAAUUUACAAGGAAUGCAUCGAGACACGGGCGGAUUUUGACACGUUACUGCAAAAGCUGGAAAUGGAGGUGGCGCUGACACGCAAAUUCAAAACAGGGAUCCCCGCAACAGCUCGGUUACGCAAGAUCUGUGCCAUUACAACACGCAAGGUGAAACCCAAAAGACCGUUUGGUGGCAGUAUGUACAUGGACGUUUUUCAUCACGAUCAGUCGUGUUCGGCCGUCAAGACGCGGGAAAGCACGGUGAAAUUGAAUAAGUUUCCGUACAUAUGCGAUUUGGCGACGUUUUUGUUGGAGGACGAGGAGCGGGCGCUGCAGUUGUCCAGACAUGCUGGUGCAACGGGUACUUCCCGCGAGGAUCAGCGGGUUGAUUUGAUCAUGGCACCAUAUGAUACUGCGGAAUCGGAUAUGACGGUGAUGGGAAUGGUGGAUGCAAUGCCUGACGGACGACUGUACCUGUUGGAUGACACGGGUAAAUUGCCAUUGCUGAUAUUGCCCGAAAAUAGCGCGCGACGAAGGCAGCUACAGCUUGGCGACGUGUAUCAGAUCCAACGGCUCCAGCUGGUCAAAGAGGAUCUGGAUUACCAGGAGGAAGGAGGCUCACGGGUCUUACUUGAUUGUACAUACAUUGUUUGCGCUGUGGAUGACCUUAAGCGCGUAGGCGUCGUUGAGUCAGCAUCUCGAACGUCGCUCAUGUUGCCCGAAGCAGUGGAUGUCCGCAAAGUGACAGGAUACAAACGGGAGCGAGUGGAGUUGGCUGUAGAUGGCGACGAAACUGAACAGCAAGAUGAUGCUGCAUCUCACCCGCCCAUGUUGCUGUAUGUACUGGACAUCCAACCGCCAAUAUUGUCGCAUAAAGAUGAAGCAUUUGAAUUGAGCAGCCAUGUUCGAGCGAUCCGAUACCCCGUUGUCAAUGAAGAGGACAACAGCAAUAAAAAGAAACCGGAAGAAGUGCAUCUCAUUUUCAGUUCUCGGACACAGAGUCUGCGAUUUUUGCCGCAGCUGCGGGCCGGCUGCUGGAUAGGCUUAGGGGCCAAUAUUGACGAAUUUCAACGGGUGGAGUCCGCUAAAUACGUGCCAGAGAACAUCAAGAUCCCCACUUCUAUUGCGCUCACACUUGUCAUCGAUUUGAAUCGACACCAUAUCUUCACCACGAGUCCUAGCAGAUACAGCAUUGGCGUUACCCCUACUACCAUUGGAUCGGUACCAACAAACAUAAAGGGUCUUAUUGGAUCAGCAAAGAAGCAGCGGAUAUACCAAGUCAAGGACAUACUUCCGACGACGACAAUACCGCAGAAAGCCAAGCUGUUGGUGACGGAGAGUGACGAUGACGAUGACGAUGAUGGAGACACCGGCCCUAGCAUGGUGGAAGUAGGUCAUCGGUUUUUUCAAGACACGGUGAACGUACAAGGCGUGAUUGUCAGCAAAGGAUUCCGCGAUCAGCUAUGGAGGGCUCGAGCGACAAUAGACGCAAACGCGCGACAUGUAUUUGAAGAAUUCGGUGUGGGUACCGGCCAGUCGGGACGCAACCAGCUAUUCUUUCGACUGCGGCAGACAGACGGCUUGGACACAGUUGAUAUUUACAUGGACGUAUGGAACAGGACGUAUCCACUCGGACUAAUCCCGGGGGCUCUGGUCACAUUUUAUAACCUUGUACGAAAACGGAGUGAACAUGGGACUGUACAUUGCCAAAUGUUGCCAUGCACAUCGGCGGCAGUAUCGGAACAACUUGAUCCGCGAACCGAAACGAUAAUCACGGAGCAAAUUCCGCAAAAGAAAUUAAGUGAUAUUUCCCGAAAACCGGGUAGCAAAAACAACAACAAUAACAACAAAACGGAUCCGUCAGUAUUUAAGACCCCAUGUGCAAUUAAAUCUAUAUCCUUUGUCAGCAUGGGAUGGGUCUGUGGUGAAUGUGGUACGGGCGUUCAGAAGAAUAAAUGUUAUCAGCUCUGCAAAACGGCGAAACGGAUAUUUACGGCAAACGCGGUCGCUACGGUGAGCGAUGGAACGUCCCAGGCACGUGCUAAUUUUGAUGGAGACGGGCUUGUGUUCAAAUUACUCAACAUCCAAGACAGCCGAGCCGACAAGAUCAAAACGGCAGUCUUGGAGCAUGGCAAGGUCACGUAUCAACAUUUUGGAAACGAUGGGCAUGACGACGACGACGACGACGACAACGAUAAUUAUGAUCACCAUGGUAACAGCAACAGCAGCAACAAUCAAGGCGGAGAAGAAGAAGGCGAACAAGUUGAAGUGUUGUCUGGUGGAAUGACGCUACCAAAACUUUGUCAACGCGUGAUGAGUACGGGCAAGGUGUUCAUGCUAUUUGCGCGCGAGAUUGGAGAGAGGCUGAAAAAGGACGCAACUGUCAUGCAGCAAUUGAAAAUUCGCGCAGUGACGGAAGAGGAUGGACAACCAGUGGCGGUGGUAUAUAGACCACGGAUUGUUGCGGUGGAACUUCAGCUGCUUGAUCCUGCAGACUGCGCGUGGGAGAUGCUUUCGAAACUGCAACAAGGACAACAACAACAGCACAAUGAACAAUAACCAAAUAAAAAUUUGAAUAUAUGUGAGUUUAUACGAAACAAUAUUUGUUUUAGUAAUGAUCAUUAUAAUAAUGUAUAUCCAAAUCAUAUUUCAAAAAGUUGUAUAAUAUAAAUGGAAAGAAA